UUUAGUUAGUAUGGGACCCAUUCUACUGAGCUAAUCUUUAAAUGCCAUUAUUUUCCAGGUGACUGUGUUUCAGUGACAAGUAACACUCAACAGUUUUGUUUAACACUUCAGAUGAAAUUGUUAAGUAGACAAUGAUGCAAAGACAGAGUCUGAAGUCAUUCUUUAAAUGUGUUUAGUUAUUUUGAUUUAAUAGAAUGUUCUGUCUGGCUGGCUGCGUGAUGCGCAACUUAGGGAAAGCAAUACUUAAGGCUUAGUGAAUUAGUAGACAAGCAUACAAGCUCACAUGCUUUGCAUCUUGUUGCAAUGUUAUGUAAAAUAAUAACGUUCUUUUGAAUGUGAAUCGGUCAUAUAUGUUUUCUUUCGACCCUAAUGAAAUUACACUUGUUUUUUUUUUAUAGACAUCAUUUGUACCAAACAGGUUCUAUUUAUUUAUUUAUUUAUUUAUUUAUUUAUUUAUUUAUUUAUUUAUUUAUUAGUAAAGGCAGUGCUUAAACUUUCUGCUCAUGUUGUGCACUGUGCAUAUUUCCACAGCUUAUUUAACAUUGUGCAAUAUAUUUAUGGAAUGGAUUUACUGUAAUAAUAAUUUAUGUCUGCAUGCAGAACACUGCCAACAGCUGACUCUCUUAAGUGUUUCCUUUUGUAUAUUUUCUAAAAAGCAUUUUGCAUCUUUUACUCUUUGACUUUUUUUUUGGAGAAUGUAGAUAUUGCCUAUAAGUGUGAGGUAUUUUUCUACCUGACAUUUGAGUUGAUUUAGUAAUAUUACUGUAAUAUACUGUAAGCUGAUCAUUAUUAGUUUAUGCUUUUGUGUUAGUGGAAUGAAUGUAUCUUGUAAAACUUUUUGUAAUAGUUAUCUAAACAGAUAUUAUUAUUCAGAUUUUAUUAUUAUUAUUAUUAUUAUUAUUAUUAUUAUUAUUAAUUAUUAUUGGUUGCAUUUGUAUUGUAUGGAACAAAUGUUGAAAUAGACUACUAUUGAAUAUCAUUAAAAAUAUAGCAAGGAUCUAAUGUGUUCAACACUAUGUCAGGAGGAGAAAUGGUUAAUAGUCGGUGGUUAACUUGAUUCUCAGUCUGCUUUUUUCUUUUUCUUUCUGUUCCUCUUUGCGUUCUUUGACACCUCCCGUCGCACGCGUGGGCGCGCACGCGCACGCGCGCGCACAGUAAGCCGAGUAGAAUUCGGGGAUAAAAUAGAAUUGGCGUUGGGAAAGAUGAAUACGUAUAUUUAGUUGAAUUAUCAUUAAUAAUAAAUAGAAUCUAUUCACUACUGGAUAUUAUUUAAUAGUUUUUUUUCCUGAUGUGGACAGUAAAUCUAAUCAUCAAGCCACUGUACUUUCAAAAUCCUUUCAUGUUUUGUUGCUUAGCAACUAAUAGACGAUAUUAUGUCUUGGAAGAGUUGUGACGUGUUUAAGGCCUAAAUAUUAUCCUAUAAACAAUACAUUAAUAUAUUGGUGUAUUUUGUCGUAUUAUUCCGGUUUUAUUAACUACAAGAACAUUUUCCGAGGUAAAAAAUCACAGGUCGUGUAAGCAUGUAUCAGUUAUAAAGGCACAGUAGAUGUAGGGAAAUCCGAAUGGACCCAAUAAAAUAAAUAAAUACACGUUAAACGAUAGUAGUAAUACACACUCUUGUGUGUACGGGCGCACACUCAGACGCGGAUUUUCCACGGUUUCGGGAGGGGGAAGAGGGGGUAGAGGAAACGUGACGCCCACGAGAGACUCCAACAUGCCGGUCACAAGUUGUUCUCCCGCCCCACCCUGCCUGGGGCUUCCAGGGUCAGCCUGGGCUGCAUCACUAAAGUUUUUCCGCUACUUUGAGUGGAAAGAACGCGCAGAGAGCCAUGCAGCGCAAUCAGAAAGAACACUUGUACAAAAUCCUCGUUAUCGGCGAUUUAGGGGUGGGCAAGACCAGCAUCAUUAAGCGCUAUGUUCAUCAGACCUACUCGACGAACUACAGAGCCACGAUCGGGGUGGACUUCGCUCUCAAAGUUCUCAACUGGGACUCAGAAACUGUAAGACUGCAGCUGUGGGACAUAGCAGGUCAGGAGCGCUUUGGGAACAUGACGCGGGUUUACUACAGAGAGGCCAUGGGGGCGUUCAUCGUUUUCGAUGUCACCAGACCCACAACAUUUGAAGCAGUCACUAAAUGGAAGGAGGACCUGGACUCAAAGUUGACACUUGCUAAUGGCAAAAGCAUUACCACAGUGCUUCUGGCCAACAAGUGUGACCAAAGCAAAGACAUUCUGGUCAAUAAUGGUCCAAAGAUGGACCAGUUCUGCCAAGAAAACGGAUUUGUGGGAUGGUUUGAAACUUCAGCCAAGGACAAUCUAAACAUCAAUGAUGCUGCAAAUUUCCUGGUCAAGCACAUCAUUGCCAGCGAGAACGAUAUUCUCAAAUCAGUGGUUCCAGACACUAUUUCCCCUCAGCUGACAACAACUACGAAGAUGGGCUGCUCUGCGUGUUUCAAACCCUAACAUCUGGUGAAUAGAAGGAUUCAGGCUCAGUUGCCAUGAAGAACUUAAACACAGAUGUCCUUUUCUCCCACUAUGUCUGUAACCAUAAGUGUGUAUAUGUGUGAAUCAAACACAAAGUCCAGUUACAUAUAAAUAGAUAUAUUGUAAAAUGACAGUUAUUUAUGUACAAGAUGAGACGUUAGGGUGUGUAGAUUUUUACCUUGUGAUCCUUGCUUCAAAAUGGCAGAGAGAACAAUAAUGAAACACAGCUGAUCACAGGAAGAAAAAAACAUCCUUGUUUAAUAUUUUACACAUCUGUAUAGCCAUUUUUGGGACUACGGAUCUCAUAAGAGUUUUACAUGUUGGUAUUUGUGUUUAAAUGUAUUGCUGCUGUACUGAUGCAGGUGUUUAUAUAUAUAUAUAUAUAUAUAUAUAUAUAUAUAUAUAUAUAUAUAUAUAUAUAUAUAUAUAUAUAAUUAUAAAAAGAUAAUUUUUUAGACUUGCGAAUGUCUAGAUUUCUUAAGUACAUACCAAACAGUUUUAGCUAAACCUUCAUCGCUAUGUUGUAUAAAAUGAAAAAUCUUCACUUCCACUCUCUGCAACCCUUUCUAUCUAUUUUCUGCAUUUUCCUCCCCAUCUCCCUUUCUUCUUCUCACUUUUUCUCCAUGUUCCUCAGUGAUUCACUUUCUGACUCACUGCCAUUAUAUAAAUCUCCCAUGAAGCCCCUCUUCAGCACACACUUUUGUUCACAUCUUUAAACAUGGUUAUUGAUCUAAGUUCCUUUCUGUUCCACUGCAUGCUGAGUGUAAACCUUUUGCACUUUCACUUCGUACUAGUCUAUUGUGGUCCAUGUGGGAAGUAUUACAUAAUUCGAAAACACUUUAUCCCAAGUAUUAAGUACAAUU